AUGUCAAGUUCAAACAAAGAAUUCGAUGGAGACUCGAUUGGUUCUUCAGACUCUCUGGAUAUAGAAUCCGGUAACAGAGAUCCAAAAACUCAAAACCCACAAGCUUAUGUCCCAAGCGACAAUGAAGAUCGUAUGUCAGAAUUAUCUCACUACGCUUCUACACCUGACCAGUCACUAAAAAUGGUGAGGACAGAAACCAAAAAGUCAUUGAAAGAUUUGGGAGUCUCGGAUGAACUUCCCACAUUAGACCCAAACAGGCCUAUUGCUGUAGAAAAUCCUAUAUUCCCCGAAGAAUAUUAUUUGGAAACAGAAACUGGUUUAGUCCCUGUGGCAACAUUGCAAGAUCUGGGUAGGAACCCAACUGCAUUGGAAAAACUUAGAAAAGAAAAAUCUAGAGCGUUUCCCCAACCCAACGGGGAGGCUCCCAUUCUCAAAGAUUCGUCGGAUGUUGAAACGUUUAAGUCGAAAGAGUACAGCCCAGAAAUAGAGUUUGUCACGUUUUUGAUCAACGAUCCAGAGAACCCAUACAACUGGCCCACGUUCACUAAAUGGGCAUACACUAUUAUCUUAUCUAUAUUAGUCGUCGCCGUUGCUUUUGGAUCCUCGUGUAUCUCUGGAGCAUUAUUCACUGUGGAAGAUAAUUAUAAUGUUUCAUUGGAAGUUGCCAUUUUGACAGUUUCAUUGAUGGUCUUGGGUUUCUCCUUGGGUCCAUUGUUGUGGUCUCCUUUAUCUGAGCAGAUUGGAAGGAGAUGGGUUUAUUUUAUAUCCUUGGGUCUCUACACAAUUUUUAACAUUCCUUGCGCUCUAUCCCCUAAUAUCGGUGGUCUCUUAGUUUGUCGAUUUUUGUGUGGUGUUUUUAGUUCCAGCGCACUUUGUCUGGUUGGUGGUUCUAUAGCUGACAUGCAUCCUUCUGAAACAAGAGGUAAAGCAAUCGCCUAUUUUGCAGCAGCUCCUUAUGGUGGACCAGUUAUUGGACCUUUAGUAUGUGGUUGGAUCGGUGUUAAAACCAACAGAAUGGAUCUUAUCUUUUGGGUAAAUAUGGGAUUUGCAGGAUUUAUGUGGUUACUAGUUGCCUGCAUUCCAGAAACCUAUCAACCAGUAAUUUUAAAGAACCGAGCAAAGAAAUUAAGAAUGGAGUUGAACAAUCCUAACAUCAUGACAGAGCAAGAAGCUAAUCCACUAACUUUCAAGGAAUUAGUAGUUACCUGCCUUUAUAGGCCUCUUAUGUUUGUUUUCACUGAGCCUGUUUUGGACAUGAUGUGUGUUUACGUUUGUCUUAUUUACUCAUUGCUUUAUGCAUUUUUCUUUGCAUACCCAGUUAUAUUUAAUGAGCUUUAUGGCUAUGAAGAUGAUUUCAUCGGCCUGAUGUUGAUUCCAAUAUUGAUAGGAGCCUUUUUGGCCUUAGUUACAACUCCAAUUUUGGAAUCCAUGUACGUGAAAAUGUGUCAACGAAGAAAACCAACUCCUGAAGACAGAUUGGUAGGAGCCAUGAUUGGGUCUCCUUUCCCUGCAAUUGCCCUAUUUAUUUUGGGAGCAACGUCCUACAAGCAUAUCAUUUGGGUCGGUCCAGCAUCUUCCGGUAUCGCCUUCGGUUAUGGAAUGGUACUAAUUUACUACUCUUUGAAUAAUUACAUCAUCGACACCUACGCCAAGUAUGCAGCUAGUGCUCUGGCAACAAAGGUUUUCCUGAGGAGUGCUGGAGGUGCUGCUUUCCCACUAUUUACUACACAGAUGUACCAUAAACUAGGGCUACAGUGGGCCAGUUGGUUGUUGGCAUUCAUUUCAUUAGCAAUGAUUCUCAUCCCAUUCGUUUUCUACAUUUAUGGUGCUCGUUUGAGGGCCAAAAUGUGUAAAGAGAACUACAGUGAGAUGUGA